AUGGUAAUCACGACGAACCCAGCCAGUGGCGAAUAUACCGGCGCAUUUGUUUUAGCGUCCACAGCAGUGUAUCGGAAAACACUUUAUGGAACGAUAGCAAGUGGAACAUCUAUGAUGCUGGUGAAACGAGCUAGCUUGACGCCGAGAGCGAUAAAGUGGUACAACAGUAGCGAACAAAACGAUGACUGGAAACAGGACGUCAGCAAAAAGAGGGACAAGAGCGGUGAACGGAAUGAAAGUGCUGCCGGCACUGAUGACUGUGAUGAUGAUGAUGGCUGA